AUGACCCGGUCCGUCAAUUUCUCUCUUCUAAUCCUCCCCGUUGCACUUUCCGUCUUCACCCUCUCCGGUAAACUCUCCGACGAUCUCAAACCAAUCCGACGAGAGGUUUAUGAAGGGGGUAAAAUAUUCGAUAUCAGCCACCGUUACACGCCGGAGAUGCCGGCUUGGGAAUCGUCGGAAGGAAUGGUGAAUUUCCUCCGACUCGCCGCGAGUAUGAAGAAUGGAUCCGUCGCUAACGUAUCGGAGAUGAAAUUUUCCGUUCACUCCGGAACUCAUAUUGAUGCUCCAGGUCACUUCAUCGACGAAUAUUACGAUGCUGGUUUUGAUUCCGAUUCUCUUGACCUUAAUGUACUUAACGGUCCUGCUUUGUUGGUUGAUGUUCCAAGAGAUAAGAACAUUACUGCUGAGGUUAUGGAAUCACUUCAUAUUCCAAGAGGAGUUCGUCGUGUGCUCUUUAGAACAGUGAACACUGAUAAGCGGCUAAUGUUUAAGAAAGAGUUUGAUUCGAGCUUUGCUGGGUUUAUGACCGAUGGUGCGAAAUGGUUGGUUGAGAAUACAGACAUCAAACUUGUUGGGCUGGAUUAUCUUUCCUUUGCUGCAUUUGAGGAAUCACCUGCAACACACAAGGUUAUACUUGCAGGACGGGACAUAAUCCCUGUGGAAGCGCUGAAGCUGGAUGGUGUGGAGGUAGGAACGUAUUCGCUUCAUUGCUUACCAUUGAGAUUGGUUGGAGCUGAAGGAGCACCAACGAGAUGCAUUCUCAUCAAGUGA